AUGCCGGGUUUCAUGGACCCGCUGGGGGAGCUACCCAGCAGCGCCGAAAAUUCCGACAGCGACUUCGACGAGGCCGACAUCCCCGAGAACCUCAGGGCGACGCUCCACGUGAAGCAGAAGCCCGCCGCCGAGGUGAAGCCCGUCACCUUCGAGGACCUACAGAAGGUUGGGUACACAAGCGCGGCGUCGCUUACGAACAUCAAGGAAAAGCAAGGAGGAGGCGGCGGCGGCAAGUGGGGUUGGAGCCAGGGCACCGCGGCGCAGAGGCAGGACGACGGACUCGAAGACUUGCAUCACAAGACCAACGCGGGGCUCGAAGAGGCGACCGGUGCGAUGCUCAGAGCCGCCGCGGAAUCGAAGCGCAAACGGGAGGAGGAGGCGGCGGAACGCGCCGCGGCGAGGGACCAGAGGAUAAAGCUCGAACAGGAGGCGAGGGAUGCGCUCAGGGCGGAUAACCAGCUCAAGCGCGACAACAGAAAGCAGAGCUUCCAGCAGAAGGAGAAGCGCAAGCGGGCGCUCGGGAUGCAGAAAUCGGGCGGGAAGGAUUUCGUCCAAGACGAAAAGCGACAGCUCCGAGAGGGCGGCGGCUUCGGUUUCGACUGACGCGGUGUUCGCGUGACGUCAUCGGGUAGCUCGUCUCGUAGUCGACGACAACAGCUAACAUAAA